AUCAGUUAGAAGAAUUUAAUUUGAAUUCGAAGUGUUCUUACAAAGAAUUUCUUAAACGAUUUACUAGUUAUAAACGAGGUAUUCGAAUUGUUUUUACUGUAAAGUUUCUCACAAAGUAUUUUGAUCAGGACAAUAGAAUUUCGUAUGAUUCUUACAAUAUUUCAUUUAUUUUCUUAGAAAAUUUUAAAUUUAAAUGCACCAGGUGUUCGUGAAACCUCUAAACAACGGCUACUGACGAGAACAUAAAGAGUGAUCGUUUUCGCAGGUUCGACUCUUCGUAACCUUCUGUAUUGGAAAGAUUAUAAUUCGUGAAUUUAACUCAAUUAUUUCACUGAUAGGUGGACUUUUACCUUUUAUGAUAGCUUGAUACAAAAAUGGAUAAAUAUACUCACUUAACAACCGGGAAAGAUUGGUUAAGUUCGUAUCUUCAGUCAGACAACCAGACUUACGCUGUAGAAGACAUGGAACCGUUCAUUUGGCCCGUGUCCAUUCGAACGAAAAGUUUAGAGUCUUUCCUCUGGCCAGAAGUUAUCGAACUUGAAAUGAAAAUGAUGGAUAAAAACGACGAUAUCAACGGUCGUUCGGAUCCAAAAUUUCGACUUUAUAAUCUUGGACGAAAACUAUUAGCUUCGGGAAAGUCUUCAAAGCAAAAAUCACUUAAGAAUAAAACUCUCGACGUAGAUCAAGCAUUGGCGAAAAAUAAAAAUGUAGAGGAUAUUCUGAUGGAAAUCAUUAGAAACAGUGUAAAAUGUCUGAGAAUGAAAUUUGUUUGCAAUUCUGGUGGAGAAAAAUUAAACAAAUGCAGACAAUUUCUACAACACUUCUUCCAAGAUUGUAAUAGUUAUUUGAUGUGGAAGAAUUUCCCUUAUUCUCACGUUGAAUGGAAAAUAACAGAUGUCGGGAAUGUUACAGACGUUGAAAAAGAAGUUCAUUGUGAUAAAAUUACAUACAAAACGUUACUCGAAGAAGAAAAAGAGGAAAAAUGCAUUGAAAUUUACAGUUCUAAUCACAAUAAUCAAAGUAAAUUAAAUCAGCAAACAACGAAUGAAGACGAUCUCGACACAUCUCCUAACACUAUUGUUUUAAAUCACAACCAAUUGGCAUCAUCAGAGAUUAAUCAAGAAAGAGAGAAAACAAAUGAUCGAUGCUACAUUUUCAGAAGUCCUCCAUGGAAAAUUUCAACUUCUGUUAAACAAAAUCGAAAGGUUAAUUGGCACAAUUCUCUUACAUCUUCUCCAACUGUACCUACAGGACACGAAUAUCAUUUUAAGUGUCGUGAUCUUCGUUUCAAAAGACCGGAUCAAGCAGUUUCCAUAAUGUCUAAUCAAGGAAGAUCUAAUGUUUUUCAUAAGAAUUCUCCUAUUUCUCGCCCUUCUUUGCUGUACGAUAAUAAACUUAUACAAAAAAAUGAUUUCAGACACGAAUUGGUAAAUCCGGUUUCUUCUGUGCGUCCAAAUUGUCAAUAUAAAGACCAGAGGAGCUAUAUCCCUAUGAUAGGAAGGUCACCUCUUACUUCACAUAAUUCACGAAGAAUUUAUCAAAAUCAGCAAUUUUGCAAUAAUUAUUUUCAUUCGAAAAUUCAAACGGUGAAUUUUUCUUACCAGCAAUCUGCAAAUGGAAAUGGAGUUGAUUCAAAAAAUUCGCAAAAUUGUCAGAAAGGACGGCCUGUUGCUGUGCCAUAUUUUCCUCAACACUUUCAAAUGAGCACGAAAAAUCAACAGCAACAGAGAUUAUUGUUCGUGCCUCAACUACGACUCCAUGUUCCAUCAACAAAUCAAAAUUAUUAUUUUCAAAAUUUCUCCUCUUUAAAUGGUUUCAAUUCGGAAGCAACGUAUCAAAAGCCCAAUUCAUGUUCUAAUUUUCGAUCUUUUAUGCCUCCUGCACCUGAUUUAAAUCCAAAUUUUAAGCCAUUAUCACAGUUUCAUUAUGGACAAUCUUCCACGUUGCAAACGUCUAAUUUUCGUGUUCAGCAAAUGAAAACCUCCACAGGAACAUAUAAGAAUCAUCGAAUGGCUGAUGGCAAUUCUCAGCAAGAUACACAGAAAGACGAUGGUUCGAGCAACAACGAAAAGAAUAUUCCGGUGCUGAUAAGAAAGAGAAAAAUGAAGAAACAACACAGAAAACAAUGGAAAAAACCCAACUGCAGACACGAGAUUCUGUUGAUCGAUUGCAGUAACAACACCGAAGAACCUGAAUCUAAAACCAAAACGGAAAAUGAGUCUGGAAGUGUCAAAAUUGAAGAAGAAUUAGAGAAUAUGACGAAGAUUAAAGAAGAAACUUUAUGAAAUUUACUUAUAAAUUUCAAUUUUAACUUAACAAAGAAAAUUUCAUUACAUUAUGAUAUUUAUAUAAUUAUUUUUCUAUUUGGUAUUCCUUUU